UAGUAGGACCUAAGGCGAGGGAGCGAGGGAGUGGAAAGAGAGUUCGGCUUGCAGCACUGAAAUGUAAACAGUGGAAAGAAAGACAGAGUAAAAAGCACUUAUGCUCUGAGCAGCAAGCAGCACACUGGAAGAUUUGAUGGCUCUUAUAAUAUACCUUCUGUGCAUCUAGCUGUACACAACUUGAUGAAUUAGCAAAGAUACUUCUGAGAAUCUCUCUUCCGUGGAUUUAAUAUAAGGGGCAAUUGGGAUGCACUAGCCUUCUUCGUCACUGCAGCUCCUCUCUGCUCUGCACUGUAAUUCAAACGGGGCAAUGGAAAUGAAUAUGAAGAAGUUCACAGUGCGUAGGUUCUUUUCAGUAUAUCUCCGCAAGAAGUCUCGGUCGAAGAGCUCAAGUUUAAGUAGAUUUGAGGAAGAAGGUAUAGUAAAGGAAAUAGACAUCAGUCAUCAUGUAAAGGAAGGUUUUGAAAAGGCAGAUUCUUCACAGUUUGAGUUGCUGAAAGUAUUGGGACAAGGUUCCUACGGAAAGGUAUUUCUGGUGAGGAAAAUAAAAGGAUCUGAUGCUGGCCAGCUUUAUGCCAUGAAGGUACUUAAGAAAGCCACUCUGAAAGUUCGGGAUCGGGUGCGAUCGAAAAUGGAGAGAGAUAUUUUGGCAGAAGUGAAUCAUCCCUUCAUAGUCAAGCUUCAUUAUGCAUUUCAAACAGAGGGAAAGUUGUAUCUAAUACUAGAUUUCCUACGGGGAGGGGACCUUUUCACAAGACUCUCCAAAGAGGUAAUGUUUACAGAAGAGGAUGUCAAGUUCUACUUAGCUGAGUUGGCCUUGGCUUUAGACCACCUCCAUAGUCUUGGAAUUAUUUACAGGGAUCUAAAACCAGAAAACAUUCUCCUAGAUGAAGAGGGUCACAUUAAGAUUACAGAUUUUGGCCUGAGCAAGGAGGCCAUUGACCAUGACAAGAGAGCCUAUUCAUUCUGUGGGACAAUAGAGUACAUGGCCCCAGAAGUGGUCAACCGGCGAGGACACACUCAGAGUGCAGACUGGUGGUCCUUUGGUGUGCUAAUGUUUGAGAUGCUGACAGGGUCAUUACCAUUCCAGGGAAAAGACAGAAAGGAGACAAUGGCUCUCAUUCUCAAAGCCAAGCUAGGAAUGCCUCAGUUUUUGAGCAUAGAAGCCCAAAGUUUGCUGAGAGCCCUCUUCAAAAGGAACCCAUCCAACAGAUUAGGUGCUGGCCUCGAUGGAGUUGAGGAAAUUAAACGGCACCUGUUCUUUGUUACUAUAGACUGGAAUAAACUAUAUAGGAAAGAAAUCAAGCCACCUUUUAAACCAGCAGUGGGACGGCCAGAAGACACGUUUCAUUUUGACCCGGAGUUCACAUCACGGACCCCUACAGAUUCCCCUGGUGUUCCUCCCAGUGCCAAUGCUCAUCAUCUUUUUAGAGGAUUCAGCUUCAUUGCAUCCAGCUUGGUGCAGGAGCCUUCACAGCCAGAUUUGCACAAAAUCACAGUUCAUCCAAUUGUGCAGCAGUUACAUGGGAACAAUAUUCAUUUUACAGAUGGAUAUGAGAUCAAGGAGGACAUAGGUGUUGGCUCCUAUUCAGUAUGCAAGAGGUGUGUGCAUAAAGUAACAGAAGCAGAGUUUGCAGUGAAGAUAAUUGAUAAGAGCAAACGAGACCCCUCUGAAGAAAUUGAGAUUCUCUUGAGAUAUGGGCAGCAUCCAAACAUCAUUACUCUGAAAGAUGUGUAUGAUGAUGGGAAAUAUGUGUACCUGGUGAUGGAGCUAAUGCGAGGAGGAGAGCUCUUAGAUCGAAUCCUUCGACAGAAGUGUUUCUCAGAACGAGAGGCUAGCGCUGUCCUUUGCACCAUUACCAAGACUGUGGACUAUCUGCAUUCCCAAGGAGUUGUGCAUCGAGAUCUGAAGCCCAGUAACAUUCUCUACAUGGAUGAGUCAGGAAACCCAGAUUCCAUCAGGAUCUGUGACUUCGGAUUUGCCAAACAGCUGAGAGCAGAGAAUGGACUGCUCAUGACACCUUGCUACACAGCCAACUUCGUAGCCCCUGAGGUCCUGAAACGACAAGGUUAUGACGCAGCCUGUGACAUCUGGAGUUUAGGGAUCCUGUUGUACACCAUGCUGGCAGGAUUCACCCCUUUUGCAAAUGGACCAGAUGACACCCCAGAAGAGAUACUGGCCAGGAUUGGCAGUGGGAAGUAUGCACUUGCAGGAGGAAACUGGGAUUCAGUGUCCGAUGCUGCCAAGGAUAUUGUGUCCAAGAUGCUUCAUGUAGAUCCUCAUCAGCGCCUAACAGCAGUCCAAGUGCUAAGACACCCCUGGAUAGUGAACAGGGAAUAUCUAUCUCAAAAUCAACUCAGCAGACAGGAUGUUCACCUGGUGAAGGGUGCAAUGGCAGCCACAUACUUUGCUUUAAACAGAACACCUCAGGCACCAAGGCUGGAGCCUGUAUUGUCCUCCAAUCUGGCUCAGAGGAGGGGCAUGAAAAGACUUACCUCAACAAGGUUAUAGCAGACCCCAAAAAUGCCUCACUGAAACCACAGUUUGUUAUUCAAGAAGUUCAUCUUUAUUACUCAGUUAACAGAACUUUGGACAACUUGCACAUGAAGUCACCAGAAGUCCAGCAUAAGGCAAAGUUAUCCUUUGCUAUUUUACAUUCAGGCCAGAAUCCUGAAAUCUGCAACUUCUCCAAGAUGUGCCAAUUGCCCUAUUUCCUUAUUGAUUUAAAGCCAAAUAAAAUAGAUUCCCUCCCAACCUCAAGAACUAUUUUCAAAUCCUUAAGAUGUGCCGAGAUCACUUUUUUAAAGCACUUUUCACAGUGAAAGCAAGCAGUUUGGUUUAAAAGUUUUCAACUAUGCCAGCAUCUGCAUCAUGGUGAAUUGGCUCAACCAGUCAGCAGUAUACAUCUACUGAUCAUCAACUGCACUGAAGCCCAUCUCAAAGGAAUUGAAGGUUGGGGAGACAUAGUGCCAAAUACCAGACUUAGAAAAAAUGCUGUACAAAGUGAAGGAGAAAGAGCUGUCGCUGAUGAACACUUCCGAUUCUGAGAAAUCUUGUGAACUCUCCCACUCUCAUCUGAUGUUGAAAAAGGUAUGGAACAGUGACAGCCUCUUUAAGAGCAGAUGUCAUGAGCCCUAAUAUAUCAAGGUUUGGCAGAGAACUCUGGGAACUGCAGUCUCCAAAAGGGAUUGUUAGGUCUUAUGUGAAUGAGGAGGUCAGAUGUCUGGCCAAGACUAUAUGAGUAGGAGCCUGUGGCUCAGAGAGGAGGUAUUCCCUAGGUUUGACUUCUCCAUAGUAGCUGGCUUGACAAAACAAGCUGAGGAUGGCUGGUGGAACAGAGCCAGGAAAAGACCUGGGACAGACCUACAGACAGCACACAGAAAGACCCCAAGGAGGGUUAUUGACAGAAUGAAGUCGCUUGGACAAGAUAGUGGAGGGGGCUGUUAAAGUCAAUUGAAACUCACAGUUAAGGUGGCCAGACUUGAUCUUCCAGGAAGGGUGGCAGGAUGUCCCCCUUUUUAUAACUGUGCCAACCAGACUAGUGGAUUGUUGAGCCCAGGAGGGGCUAAAUGGACUGUCAUUCUUGUUCCCCCAGGCUUUUUCCUGGGUCUAUUCCACCAACCCUCCUCAGUUUGUUUGCACAGGACUGCUACUCUGGAGAGAUCAACCCUAUCUCCAUCCACUUCCUGCCCUCUCCACUUCCCUCCUUAUAUAGUCUUGGCUUGUCACCUGACACACACUCCCAUAGACACGUAACACUCAACACUACAACAGUACACUGGGAAAUGUACUCUCCAGGUUCCCUGCUUUUAAAGGGCCAAACCUUCUAUUAUGCCUGGGCUGACAGUACUUUCCCCUAAAGGGGCCACCUGAGUCUUACAAGGUAUUUAAAUAAUAUUAAUAAUAAUAAUAAAGGAUACUGUCCUAUUGAGAUAAAAAUCAAUCAUACUUGCUAUCUGGGUUUUCCAGGUGUGGGAAAAGAACUUCACGGGAAAAGUCUUAGUAAAACAAAUAAUCUUUUGCAAUUCCUGAUUUCAAAAGAAAAUGGGCAAGGUUUGUAAUGCUGGACUUAAGACUUUUUUUAUUCUCUCUCUUUUCCAUGUUGGCUCUUGAUGGUCACAAGUUGGCUAGGGUUGUUAUUUAUAGUGCUUUUGUUAAUUUGUUUUUCAAGUGAAUUUCAUCACCACACAGGCUUUGCAGAAGCAGACAAUAUACUAUGUUGGCUUUUAUUUUCUGUUGCAAAAGGUAAAAAGAAAAAAAAUGUGAACAUGGAGCUUUGUAUCCUAGAAAUGGUGUUUAUUAUGCUGUGCAUCUUGAUACUCAACUGGAAUCAGCAGAUUCAGACUCUUCGCAGCAGUAUGUCCAGGGGAACAAGGAGUUGCAUUAACUACAGCAAUGCGCUUUCUAGGAUUACAUUUUCUAGUGUUGCUCUGAAUUGUUUGUAUUAGUCUAUUUCAAAAUUUAUAAUUAAUCUUAAUAAUUUAAACCAAUAUUUAAUGUUCUGUUUUAUGUGCUGUGCACACAGGACUGCAUCAAAGCAGCUCUCCUUUAAAAUGUAUUUUUUUUAAAGAAUAAAACAAUGCUGUGAAUCA